CUCAUCCGCUGCUCUUCAAAGAUGGCGGCCCAAACAGACAGAGGAAUUCCUUUAAGUGCGCUUUGCCCAAAGUACCUGCACACAAACUCCACCAGCCACACCUGGCCCUUCAGCGCUGUUGCUGAACUGAUCGACAAUGCUUAUGACCCAGAUGUCAAGGCCAGGCAGUUCUGGAUUGAUAAAACAAGGAUAAAAGGAGAAGACUGCCUGAUCUUCAUGGAUAAUGGAGCAGGCAUGGAGUAUGAGAAAAUGCACAAAAUGCUCAGUUUUGGCUUCAGUGAUAAGAAGACAAUAAAUGGCCAUGUUCCUGUGGGUCUCUACGGUAACGGUUUUAAGUCCGGCUCCAUGCGCUUGGGGAAGGAUGCCAUCGUGUUCUCGAAGAAAGCUGGCACCAUGUGUGUGGGGAUGCUGUCACAGACCUACCUGCAGGUUAUAGGAGCGGAGAAUGUCAUAGUGCCUAUCGUGAGCUUCAAGUCUGUUUAUCGGACCAUCUGUCCUGAGCCAGAGCAUGUGGCGAGUCUGCAGGAUAUCUUGCGCUACUCCCUGUUUAAGACUGAGAAAGAGCUUUAUUCUGAGCUGAAAACCAUCGACAACUGCUCUGCCAGCGCUACAGGAACCCGUAUCAUCAUUUGGAACCUCCGCAAAACACCGUUAGGAACGUCAGAAUUUGACUUUGAGCGGGAUCGAUAUGACAUCAGAAUUCCAGCUGAAGUAUAUGAAAGCACGAGGGAGCAAAACAAACGGCUGGAAUGUGGCAUACAGUCGGUACCCGAGAGUACCUGCUCUCUACGAGCGUACUGCAGUAUCCUCUAUCUGAAGCCCAGAAUGCAGAUUAUCAUUCGAGGACAGAAGGUCAAGACUCAGCUCGUCUCCAAAAGUCUAGCACACGUAGUCAAAGACUCAUACAAACCCCAAUUCCUUACUAAGUCCAUUACAAUCACCUUUGGCUACAACACCAAGAGCAAAGAGCAGUACGGCAUCAUGAUGUACCACAAAAACCGACUCAUCAAAGCCUAUGAGCGCGUUGGCUGCCAGCUCAAGGCCAACAGCAUAGGUGUGGGAGUCAUUGGGGUGAUAGUUUGUGACUUUCUCCAGCCAACUCAUAAUAAACAAGACUUUGACUCCACAGAUGAGUACAGGAAAACUAUGUACAAUGUCGGUGUUAAGCUUGAAGAAUACUGGAAAGAGGUCCAUCAUAGACAUAGAAGCACUGUCCCUGUUGAGGAUACUAUGAAGCGACCGGACCAAAACUGGGUGCAGUGUGAUGGUUGUCUGAAGUGGAGGAAACUUCCAGAUGGCAUAGAUACUGAGAAGCUGCCUGAAAAAUGGUUCUGCCACCUGAACCCUGACCCCCAGUUUAGGAGUUGUACAGCUGAGGAGGAGCCCGAAGACUCUGAUGAUGAGCAACCCAGAUAUCAAAAGACCUACAAACAGCAUGAAAGAAAUAAGAAGUUGCAGCAAGAGAAGAACAGACAGCAGAUGGAAGAGGAAAAGAAAAGGGCAGAGGAGAAGAAGAUCUUGGCACUAAAAGAGCAGAAUGCAGCACUGAUGAGGAAGCAGCAGGACCUGGAACGCCGGCUCAGAUUCGCAGCCCCAUCUUCAACCAAACCAACUGCACAGGCCACUCCCAGCGCCUCACGUAAUGCCAGUCCUUCCACACGUGCAGGCUCCAGACCUUCUGAUAACAUGCCUGUCAUCUCUAAUGUAAUGUCUCUCCUAACUACUCCAACAAGGAUGAAGAGAGGCUUGGGCCCUCGCACAGAGAAUGAAAUGAAAAGGCCAAGAAUGAGGAACGGUCUAUGCAGCAACAUGCCAGACAGCCCUUCAACAAGCACAGCCUCACCCAAGGCCUGUUCAUCACCGACCAUAAAUGAUGAGGGUAAAGAAGUACCAAAGAGUGAUGACGACGAUGACAUUGUCAUCCUUGAGAACUACAGCACACCUAGGCCUAAUCUGUCAACAUUUGACCUCUCUAAGGUAAAGUCAGAACGUAGGUCAAGUUUGGACAUGCCAGGAACACACAUGGAGCAUAAUGAUGACAUUGCCAUGGAAACUUCGUUGGCCAUGGAGAAUACUGCAGCGUCUACUUCUGCCACUCACACUGAACACAUCAGUAUCACAACCCAGACUGAGCAAAAAAUACGAGCAGUGAAAGAGGAAGUGGAGGAUUCCAGAGGAAAGAAAAAAGAAGAGAAGAGUAAGGGAGGAGAGAGCGAUGAAAAGAAGUCAGAAGUAGAACAAGGGCUCUCAACUUUGGAGAGAAUAAACAAUCAAGAACCAGAGGAAACAGAGUCUAUUCGGGUUUCAUUAAGUGCCCAAUCAAAGAGUGUAACAAGCGAAAGUAAGUGUGUUGCAACUGAGCAGAUGCUGGUGAAGUCAGAGGGUGAGCCAAAUGGUGGGGAAGUAAGCACAGAGCCAGAAGACGAGGCAAAGGCGAAGUCAGCAACACUUAAGGGUGCAUAUCUGGUCCCCUUAGACAGAGAGCAUCUCUCAGUGCUGGAAGCCCAGCAGCAGCAGGACAAACUGCUGGAGCUCCUUGAAAUUGCCUCCAGGGAGCGGGAUGAAAGCCGGACGCGGGCGCAGCUCCUGACCUCCCAGGUAGAAGAGCUCCAAAGCAGCCUGCUGGAGAUCACAGAGAAAUCACUGAAGAAGGAGCAGUGCCAGCAGGGUACGCAGACAUCCGUAGCAGAAGAGGAGCCGGACUAUAAGGCACUUUAUCUGCAGGUCAAGGAGGAGACGAUGCAGCUGCGAUGCGAACUGGACCAACUGAAGAGGGAGAGAGAAGAGUGGGAGGUGGUCAAGAAGGCAGAAGCCCAGAGUGGAGUGGAGAACAGAGCACAAAGCAAAGAAGUUCUAGCAAGAUUGGGCAUGUUUGACAAUGUGGACGAUGAGCUGGCUUGUCAGAUGGACCUUCUACUGAGGGAAGUGGAUGACAGAAACAAAGAACGAGAAGAGCUAAAGAACAAGCUGGACAGGCUAGAGGACGAGAAGAACACGUUGUUGACUUGCUGUGAAAACCUAAGGAAAGACAUAAAAAAAGAAAGUGAAAAGGCAGAGGUAAGCGUGGAAGAUCGAGGGGCACAGACAGAAUUCCCUAAUCCACAACCAGAGGAGAGUGACGCAGGCCUAGCAGGACCCUCCAACCCAAGAAGGGUCUCAACAUGUGGGACCAAUCAAAAUGAGACACAGGAAAGCCCAGAGAGAGAGGGGGGACAAGAAGACACGGACACACUGACAUGCAGGUUAAGGGAACUCCGACAAAGGGUCGGUCGUCUGCUGGUCACCUUCGUUCCUGCUCUGGACCUUGAGCAGGUGAACUACGAUUGUGAGGUCAUUGAUGAGAUUCUUGGUCAAGUUAUAGACGAAAUCUCCUGCCCCACAGCAGCCGUUUCAUAGAACAGGCAUGUCCAGCAAAGCAGAUCUCCUAAAGCAUAUUCCUGGCAUGGUUUGUUAAUGCUGAGGGAUUUUAAGUGCAAGCACAGGUUCUUAUCUUGUGAUUGAAUGUCUGUCAUACUUCAUUGGUUUGCAUGUAAGUCAGCUUUUUGGAGCUUAGAAAUCUGGUGCCAAUUUGACACUUAAAUGCACAACUGGGCUAGAGGUUUUAAUUUAAGAUAAUGCUCUGUAAUCAACAGUAAUGUUCAGCUCAACUAAUCAUGCUGCCCCCCCCUUUCCAGAAUGUUUAAAAAUGACGGCUGAAUGUACGUUUAUGCAUCUAUACAACACAAACUCUAUGAUGGUUUGCUCCAUUUAGUUCAGCCUCUGUUUACUAUUGUUUUUGGCAUACAGGUUUUAAGCUUCCACAGCAGUAUUUUUGCUGUCUUUUUUUUUCCUGUCAAGUAUAUGUAUUGGUAAAGGAUGACACUGCUCACUGUACUGAGCAGACUGGAACAGAGUGAAAAAUACUAAUUUAUGCUGUUAUUUUUUGCUUUUAUAGUUUGAAUCACUAAUCUGACAUUGACAAAAAUGCCUUUUUAAAGGAUUCUAGGGAUCAGCUGUACUCUUUUUUUUUUUUUUUUCGGUGCUCUAACGCAUCUGAUUCAGCUAAUGAGUUUGACCUUGUACCUAAAGUGUUGUCAUGUGUGGCAGGGCAGCAAAACAACAAAUAAUGAUUUAGAGUGCACCUUUACCGCACUGAAUGUGUUCUGUGUACAGUUUGUAUAUCUUUUACAGUGUUAAGACUUUUUUUACAGUGUGAUGUACUGAUUUACUGUUUGUAAAUAUGUUCUACCCUAAAACUGAGUCUUCCAUUUUUAUAUUUAUUACUGUGGAAAAAGAUAAUGGUAAUAAGGAGUACUAUUCAUGAUCAAGCUUUAAGACUCAGUGUGUAAAAUGACAAAGUACUGCAUUAAUUGAACAUUGUCACUUUUGCCGUUGACAUGGAGUUAUUUAAAGAAUACAAAUAUCCUUACAGAGACAAAAAUAUAUUUUAAUACAGUAUAAUGCUUUUUUCAUGUUGGGAAUGUUUUACUGUGUAAAUCAUUUGGGGGGACAUUCUUGUUUUGUGUAAAACAUCUUUGUUUUGUAAUCGAUGAUUCUUGUUUAUUGUUAAACUGCAAGCUUGUCAUUUUUCUAACUGCACCCUCCAAUAAACAUUCCAAUGUUCUGCUUA